AUGGUCCUUCUUGUCACUAUAAGUAUUCUCUUGGUAUGGUUUUGGACUGGAGUCUAUUCAUCUUUUACCUCGUCAGACUAUUUUUAUAAAGCCGCCGCCCAAAUCUUCUCCCAAGCCACCUUCUGGGCAGUUACAUGCCUUUCUGUCGUUAUCGCCCUUUUACCGCGCUUCGCCGUCAAGGCUGUGCAAAAAGUUUACUUCCCAUACGAUGUCGACAUCAUUCGCGAGCAAGUCCGUCAAGGGAAAUUUGAUUAUCUUGAUAAACCCGAUGAGCACAUAGAUGCAAUGUCCAGGGAUGGUUCAUCGGCAACUUCCUCUGAAAUUACGAAGCCGAUUGCUCCAACGAACACGACGCAUAAUCCUCGAAGUCAAAACGGUAGCGAUGGAACCGACUUUACACGACAUAGACCUUCGAUGGAUCAACUUGGUCCUCGAGUUUCCGUAGAUAGACCGCGACCCUCCUUCGAUAGAUUACGAACGUCGUGUGAUCGAGUUAGACCAAGUUUCGAGGCUAGUAGGGACUUUACCUCCGCAGCCCUUUUAACCCGAUUAGAAUCAAGUCAAUCAUUUGCAACCGCUAAGAAGUAG